UAUAAUCGUAGUGUCCAAUUUGAUUUGCAUUAAACUUAAUGGAUAAUAUGAGAUUUACGGAUAAUCAUAGUCUCUCAUUCAUUCCAUCUCUUUUAUCGUAUCCUAUACAUUGUGAUGAGUGAUGACUUGGAAUUUUGGGGACACCCUAAAGGAUCCACCAAAAUUUGGGGCACAUCUUUCCUUAAAUGGUGUAUAUCUAUCGAUGAAACUGCGAUUCAGUUUCUGCACAUGUGUUUUUGUGAAAGAAUCUGGUGACUGAAAGGAAGAAGCAAUAUAAUGUCGUACAAGGUGGAUCAUGAAUAUGAUUACUUAUUCAAGAUUGUAUUGAUUGGUGAUUCCGGUGUCGGGAAAUCCAAUAUUCUAUCCAGAUUUACCCGAAAUGAAUUCUGUCUCGAAUCGAAAUCCACCAUUGGUGUUGAGUUUGCUACAAGAACCCUCCAGGUGGAGGGAAAGACAGUGAAAGCGCAAAUAUGGGACACAGCGGGUCAAGAGAGAUAUAGAGCCAUAACAAGUGCUUACUAUAGAGGAGCGGUAGGGGCAUUGUUGGUUUACGAUAUAACAAAGAAGCAAACCUUUGACAAUGUUGAACGGUGGCUCCGUGAGCUCCGAGACCACGCCGACUCCAACAUUGUCAUCAUGUUGGCGGGGAACAAGACCGACCUGAAUCACCUCAGGGCUGUGCCAGAACAGGAGGCAAGACUCUUGGCAGAGAAAGAAGGGUUGUCGUUCCUCGAGACCUCGGCAUUGGAAGCACUGAAUGUGGAGAAAGCAUUUCAGACAAUUUUGUUGGAUAUUUAUCAGAUCAUUAGCAGGAAAGCAUUGGCUGCUCAAGAGGCUGGUUCGGUUCCUGGUCAAGGCACCGCCGUUAAUGUUGGGGACUACAAUGCCAAUACCAACAACAAAAGACCCUGUUGUUCUGGUU